UUUUUUUUUUUUUUUUCUUGUGUGUGGUGGAUCCGAUAAAUCGAUGGAUCUCAAAAAUUGCGCACCAGAGACGAUGACGACAAUAGGAGACUCGAGCAAGUUUCUGGAGGCAACAGAACCAAUGGAAGAAGAAGCUUCUGCGAAACGUAAGGCCGAGUCUGACCCGGUUGAAGCGAGCGGCGAUGAAGAAUCUGAAGAUGAAGAUGAGAAUGAAGAAGAAGAACCCGUGAAUGAAGCUUUGGCCCACUAUUAUAAAUUCCUUGCAAGACGUGAGGCCGGUCCAGUAGAAGAAGAAGAAGAAGAAGAAGAAGAAGAAGAAGAAGAAGAAGAGAGCGGCGAUGAGAAAGAAGAGAAGGUCGAUGAGAAUGAAGAGAGUGUAAUGGAAUACUCAUACUUUUCUGGAGGUACGCUCACCAUAACGCCCAAGUGGUGGGUCGAACCUGAAUGGGAUGUGGACAGCUUCGAUGGUCUCGAGUAUGAUUCCUCUCAAGAGGAAGAUGCAAUGUCCUGUAUAACCAAAUUGAUGGAGACAACAGAACCCAUGGAAGAAUCUUCACGGCCUGUUGCUUCUGCUUCAGUGACAAAACGUAAGGCCGAGUCCGACACAGCGGAGGAUAUAGAAAAGAGCGACGAUGAGGUUGAAGAGAGCGGCGAUGAGGAAUACGUGGACUCAGACGAUGAGCUCAUAAAACCGACGUGGUGGACCGUCCCUGAAUGGGAUGUGGACAGCUUUGAGGGUCUUGAGUAUCAUUCCUCUCAAGUGGAAAACGAAUUGUCCGAUGAAGAGGCUGAAGGAAAAUGGCGCCGCUAUAAACGCCUUGUCAUCGAGAGCAAGGGGUUUUACGUGGAGCCAGGGCUUAGGCCAAGGUACUGCUUCUCAGGUAUUAAACCAGUGAGUAAUUUGGAAUUUUCUGCGGGUUUCGGCCAAACCUACCGCGAGUACUUUGCAGAGAUGGCUUGUCUCUGUCUCCAAAAAUACAACCAAGAGAAGAGUGAAAUAAAUGUGGAGUUUGUGGAAGUGGUGAGAGGUAAUUAUACAACCGGAUCUAGAUCCAAGUCCUACAUUACAUUUAUGGCUAGAGAGAAACCUGAUGGACCACUUGUCGAGUAUCAAGCUAAGGUAUGGUGUACCUUUGUUCAACACGAGAACUAUCCUAUCCUCUGUAGACCAGCUCCUACGCAAAGCCUUCCAACCACAUUUACUUAAGAAAUUAGACUGGCUGAUGGAGAAGAUGGAAUCUUAAAAAAAAAAAAAAAAGAAGAUGGAAUCUUUGGCUGAUGCAGACUGCAGAGGAUGGAAGUUCGCACCAGAUCAUAUAUUAUGAAGUCGUAUGUGUAAUGUGUUAAACAUUUCAACUUAGUAAUAAAAGCACUUUUAUUGUGUUGCCAAUAUCUAAGAUUUCGGUGCUUAUCUCUAUAUUAGUUUACUUAACUUGUCACUUGUCAGUGUUUGUACUUCGUGUCAUAAAUCUUAAGAGACUAAUUAAGCGUUUGUGUUUAUUAACUUUGGAAGCAUGA